AUGCUUGAGACAAUUUCUAUACAACCCUCGCCUGGGAGGAGGCUCAGGCCUCAGAAGCUCGGACUUCUUCAUGUUCCCCUUGAGGUUCAGCUCCUCAUAUAUGAAUUCGCACUCAUCGAAUGCCCCAAGUGGGAGAAACGACAUAAACCAGAGUGCCGGUACAAGCCAAAUGAUAUCAAUUGCACCGAGAUUCCCCCAUUCCUCAACCUUUCCAUCAAUAUAUGGCAGACUACGGAUGGAGAAUUCAAGCAAAACGUCGGCAAUCGCUGCAAUUGUGCAAAGCGCACUGGACUCGGGCUCUUAGGUGUGAGCCGUGAGAUAUAUCAUCUCGCCGCCCCGAUUUUCUGGUCGCAAAACACAUUUUGCUUCCUCGACGCGAUGGAAUUUAUUGCCACUGUUGGCCAUAGGCUGCGAGAUGAACACCGCAACCACCUUCGAUCCAUCAGCAUCUUGAACCCGGACGCGACCGGCUUCUCAAACCAUGUUUCAAUUCCGUAUAGCUUAUCGCGGAGCAAGGCCAACAUGCAAGCAUUCUGGUCGACGGUGAGGAAAUGCAAACGAUUGGCGAAGCUAGAGCUCCCGCCGCCAUAUCUCAAACCCGCAUUAUUCAGCAUCGAGCAGUGGGAUCUUCUCGCAGAGCAUCUGACGGAACUCGAAGCUGUUCGGUUUAGCUACCUUCUUCCAUACAUUAACGUGAACUCGGGCUGGGGCUAUCCUUCUCAAUUCAGAUACUUUUCCCCAUCUUACAGAAACCCCGGGCAGCAGGACGUAUUUGCCCGGUGCUCAAGGACAGUGCCACUCAGGCAACAGAGCUGGACGUCAGAAGGAGCAACCGAAUUUUACAGGGAAAUGGAGCUCAAUUUUAAGAUCCAUGUCGACACAAUUGUGAAGACCAAGUGUCUGAAUGCCAGCCCGGAACGCUUAGCCAAUUACCAAGAAACGUUCAAACUCCUGCCCGGUUUAGACGAACAUCACCAGACGCAUCGAAUCACGUUACCAACUGGAGAAAAAACUACCAUUAAGUUCUACGGGCUUCCCAUUAGUAAGAAGACAAGAAUACAACAAGCUCGUAAAAGGCAGGCGCUCGAUCGGACACAAAGGCUCAAGAACGGAUUGACGCAGUCGCAGUUCGAGGAGGAACAAGCUCGCAAGAACCAAAUCAGAGAGCAGGAAGAGCGGAGGGAGAUGAGAGAACGCGAUGAUGCACUGGCGGAGAGGCGGGUACGGCGUAUUCGGAUCCAUGAUGCUGAGGCUGCUACAGUGAAGAAACAGAAGAAGAAAGUUAGAAAGGAGGACGCAAAGAGAAAAGAGCAGAGGAAGCUAGAGAGGAAGCGCGCGACUUGA